AUGAACAACUUUGGAGUCUACGAGCUCGCCAGCGCAAAAGUCACGUCCGCCCCGGGAUGGGCGUACGUCCCCGACACGGGCGUCAACCCGGCCGCCGCGGCGCUCCAGCCCACGAACCGCAAGCGCGCCGCCCGCGGCAAGGCCAACCCUUCCGCCUCGGACCUCACCGUGCGGCAGGAGGCCAAGAUCCGCAAGGAGCUCGAGCAGCUCGACCGCGACGGCGGCCGGGACGCCUCCAUUCCCAUCCCGGCCAGGGGGUCUAGGGGCCAGAGCAAGAGCACACCCAACGUCCGCAAGAUCCUCCAGUCCCAAAAGACAUUCCACAACCACCUCGACGACUAUCUCGCUCACCUCUCCCACACCGAGCACACUCCCGCGCCGCACCCGAACCAGCACACACCCAGGCCGACCAACAAGCCCCCCCACCCGAAUCAGCACACCAAGCGCAACGCCGCGAAGCGCUCCAAGACGUCAACGCCCAAGUCGGCGGCGCCCACACCCGCAGAAUCCGAAGACGCGGAGAUGACGCCCGCGCCGAACGCCCCGGCGACGGCGAGGGAAUCGACGGGCCCCGUGCUGGCGCCCUACGAAGGCCACGCGCCGCCCCCGCACCCGGGCGACGACGACCCCCUCCUCGUGUCGCGGGUGCCCGAGAUGCCGACGGAUGAGGAGCUGCGGUGGCUCCUGUCGCGGCCGAUGCUGAGCUUCUGGGACGCGCGCGCCGAGCAGGGCGACGAGGACGCGGCGCGGUACCCCGUGAGGACGUUCUGCGAGCUGUGCGGGUACUGGGGACGAGUCAGGUGCAUGAAGUGCGGGACGAGGGUGUGCGCGCUCGACUGCCUGGAGACGCACCGCGAGGAGUGCUUCACGCGGUACGGUGUCUGA